AUGUCAUUCCAUAAACCACUUGAUAUAAACAAACCAGUUACAAAAGAUGUAUUUGACGAUGAAUCUUCUGACGAUGAGUUUGGUCUUCAUAAGGAAAAGAUUUCUGAAAUGAAACCAAAACCACAAGAUACAAAGGACGAUGUUUUACCCAAAACACUCACUGAACCCAAACCGACAGACAAGAUUGAUCAAAAACCUUCUGCCAUUGUUAUUCCAAAACUACUUGAUAUAACAAAACCAGUUACAAAAGAUGUAUUUGACGAUGAAUCUUCUGACGAUGAGUUUGGUCUUCAUAAGGACACGAUUCCUGAACUGAAACCAAAACCACAAGAUACAAAGGACGAUGUUUUACCCAAAACACUCACUGAACCCAAACCGACAGACAACAUUGAUCAAAAACCUUUUGCCAUUGUCAUUCCAAAACCACUUGGUAUAACAAAACCAGUUACAAAAGAUGUAUUUGACGAUGAAUCUUCUGACGAUGAGUUUGGUCUUCAUAAGGAAAAGAUUCCUGAACUGAAACCAAAACCACAAGAUACAAAGGACGAUGGUUUGUCCAAACCACUCGCUGAACCCAAACCGACAGAUAAGAUUGAUCCCAAACCCUCUGCCAUUGUCAUUCCAAAACCACUUGAUAUAACAAAACCAGUUACAAAAGAUGUAUUUGACGAUGAAUCUUCUGAGGAUGAGUUUGUUGUGCUUUCUUUUGAACAACCGGGACACUCUUCAUCAAAAACACUAGUACGACCACGUUUAAGUUUAACUUUCCAAUAUUUUAUUGUUGUUAAUGAUGGUGCCAGGUUGACGUAA